GAGUAUUUGUCAAGUAACAACAUGGAAAUUAUUUUUAUUAAAAAUUAUUGAAAAGCUUACUUAGUUGCUUCUCUGUGUGUGAAAAAUAUAUAUCUGAGAAUAAAAUUUGGCAGUAAAGUAGAACUGGAAAUGCUGUAAAAAACUGUUCAUAAAGGCGGUGCAUUAAAAGUCCAAAGAGGAGGGGUGUUCAUCAUCUGAUCGUCUGUCACCACCCCUCUCCUUAAAAUAGUCUUAAGACCAGUUUGUUACCUUCAAACCUUCAGGCAUUUUUAAGGUUACAACUUCAGGGAUUUACACCAGUUUUAUGCCUCUUCUUUAUAUUUAUUUAUAUGAAAAUGUCUUUUCUUUGCUUUUUCUCCUGUCUGCUCUUGGCAACACUUGCUUGUUCACAGGCUCUGGAAUUUUCCUCAUCUUUGCAUUUUAAGUCCCUGGCGGUUGGUCAGGACGUGACUUUGAGAUGUUUCAGCAUACCCAAUCAGACUACGGUCUAUUACUGGUACAAACAAACUCUGGGACAGAGACCAAGACUCUUGUCUGAAUUCUAUAAGCACGGGAGUCAAGGAACUUUUAAAAAUGACUUUGAGAAUGAUCAAAGGUUCCUGCUAGAGAACGGGGAUGGUAAAAACCACCUGAAGAUCUCAAAUGCACAGACAUCAGACUCAGGUACUUAUUACUGUGUUGGUCGAUAUUCAUAUGCUUAUGAAUUUCAUGAGGGCUAUAGUGUCCUUGUGAAGGAUCCUUCUUCUUACAUCCAGACUUCAGUGGAUCAGUUGUCCUCUGAGAACAUCCAUGCAGUAGACUCUGUGACUCUGAACUGUACAGUACACACUGGGAGCUGUGAUGGAGAACACAGAGUUUACUGGUUCAAAGACUCUGAAGACUCUCAUCCAGGACUCAUUUACACUCAUGAUCAGUGUGAGAAAAAUAACAACAUGCAAACACACAGUUGUGUCUACGAGCUGCACAUGGAUAACCUGACUGAGUCUCAUUCUGGGAUCUACUACUGUGCUGUCGCCUCAUGUGGACACAUACUGUUUGGAAACAGGACCAAACUGGACCUCACAGACCAUGUCGUUUUGCAGAACUCUGUGAUUCUUCACACUUUGGUUGGAUUAUUGACCAUCAUGAGCGUCCUCGUUGUUUUUCUGCUUUUUCUUCUGUGGAAGAUCAACAAGAGAAACAACUGCACCUCCACAGUGGAAAGAUCACCUGCUGCCCCCUUAAGAAGCUCAGAGGCUGAGAACAAAGACACAGAAAAUCUCCAUUACGCUGCUAUAAAUGUUAAGAGGUCCAACAGAUCAAGACAGAAGAACGACUUAAACACAGAAUGUGUUUAUGCGAGUGUGAGACCACAGAACUGA